AUGUUGCAGCAGCCAGCUACGGGCGAGACGCAGCGGCUACACCGCGUGAGCCGCGUUUUCGACGCCGCGGGGCUCUACGCGAAGGCACACUACGCGAAGCUCUGCCAGGCGCUGGCAGGGUUGGCAGCGAUCAACUCGCCGAAAUCGUUAGUGGAGGCAUCAGUCCAGGCUGUAGCGCACAAGGCGGAGCACGCCCAGGCGGUGGCAGCCCCAGCUGCCGAGAAGGUGCUGCAGAAUGUCCUGCAGUCGUGCCGCGACAGCUAUGGAUCAGCGGCGGACGUGCUGAAGAAUGCGCCGCGAUUGGUGCACGGCGGUGGACGGCCCGUGGACAUCAACAGCGAGCUCUCGGCCGCCAGCGCAGACUCGUUCGACGAGUUCCCGGACGUCGACGGCUCGCACCUCGCAAACAUGCAGACCAAUCUCAGCAGGCUCGUCAGCAACAGCCUCAACCUCGCUACAGUCAACUUCAAGAUCUUCUACCUCAAGAUAAAGAGCGAUUACCACCGCUACCUAGCCGAGUUCAAGGCCGGGGCCAAGCGCAAGGAGGCCGCCGAGAACACCCUCGCCGCCUACAAGGCAGUUCAGGAUAUUGCUCUGACGGAGUUGGCGCCGACGAAUCAUGCAUACCAAUUAUUUGAUGAAAUGCCUAAGAUGUAUUAUUGA